AUGAUCAUCGGGGUUCUCGAAGUGGACAACCUUACUGCGACAACGCAUUUCAUUCUUCUGGGAUUCCCCACCCGACCAUCCUUCCAGCUGGUGCUCUUCUCUGUCUUCUUGACAACCUACUUGCUGACGCUGGUAGAGAACCUUCUCAUCAUCCUGGCUGUGCGAGGCAACAGGCAGCUGCACAAGCCCAUGUACUUCUUCCUGAGCCACCUCUCUUUCCUGGAGAUGUGGUAUGUCACAGUCAUCAGCCCCAAGAUGCUGGCAGACUUCCUCAGCCAGGACAAGAGCAUCUCCUUCAACGGCUGCAUGACUCAACUGUACUUCUUUGUGACCUUUGUCUGCACUGAGUACAUACUCCUGGCUGUCAUGGCCUUUGACCGCUACAUAGCCAUUUGCAAUCCGCUGCGCUACCCCAUCAUUAUGACCAGCCAGCUCUGUGGCGUGCUGGCCGGGGGAUGCUGGUUCUGUGGACUCAUAACUGCCAUGAUUAAGAUGGUUUUCAUAGCCCGCCUCCGCUACUGUGGCACGCCUCGUAUCAAUCACUACUUUUGCGAUAUCUCUCCACUGCUCAAUGUCGCCUGCGAGGACUCCGCGCAAGCCGAGCUGGUAGACUUCUUCUUGGCCCUCAUGGUCAUUGCUGUCCCUCUUUGUGUAGUUGUGGCCUCUUACGCCACCAUUCUCACCACCAUCCUCAAGAUCCCAUCUGCCCAAGGUCGCAAAAAGGCAUUUUCCACCUGCGCCUCUCAUCUCACGGUUGUAACCCUCUUUUACUCCACGACCCUGUUCACCUAUGCCCGCCCAAAGCUCAUGUAUGCCUACAAUUCUAACAAGGUGGUGUCUGUUCUCUACACUGUCAUCGUUCCGCUUUUAAAUCCCAUCAUUUACUGUCUGAGGAACCGGGAAGUAAAAGCAGCCCUCAAAAAGACUGUACUUCGCAAUAGAAGUGGGUCCAGGGGAGAUGAAGAAUUCAGUAGUUAA